AAGUUUGACUUCAAAUCCAUAUCCUUUAAACAACGGUUUUUUUAUUUUUCAUGGUUGCUUGUACAUUUUAAAUUAUGGCACGAGCACGAACCAUGGACAACGAUAAAAGAGAGAGUCUUUUGAAUGAUGAUGAAGAUGAAGAUACUGAUAACCAUGGAUCAUUCUCAAAUGAAGCAAAAUCAUCCAGAGGCUGCAUUGAAACAUUUAGAUUGAUGGUGCUUGGUAGUGAUGAUGCUUUAAUGAAUCAAGCUUGUGCUGCCAUCCUUGGGUUACCACAGAGAGAGAAUGAUAGAUAUAUUGAAGCAUGCGUAUUUAAAGAGGGUCAGAUUAAUGGACGACAGGUCUCUCUAGUGAAAACUCCAUCCUAUUGGCUAGAACACUUGAAAUCAUUUCUGUUUUUCAGAAGAACAGUCAGAUCUUUGAGAAGUGACAUGGAGUUUUGUGAGUCCUUUGUUUUUCCCGGACCUCAUGCCUUUCUGCUGGUGCUCGGAGAUCCAAGUAAUUCCUCCAAAGAGCAUUUGCUUUUACGAGCUUUGUGUGAAAUCUUUGGGAAGGAAGUUUUAGAUUACAUUAUGGUUUUAUGUGUGCAUCAUUCGAACAGGGACAUUUUAAACAACCGCUGUGUCAAAAUGUGCAGGCAGAGGUAUCACAUUUUAGAGAAAACUGAGAAUAAUGUUCCAAAUCUUUUUGAAAAAAUUGAAAAUAUGUCAAACAGAUAUAGAACUAGAUAUUUCACAAAACAUGUUCAUUUAUUGGAAACGGCUAAAAAGUAUCUCCAGACAGAAUUGAAUAAAAAUAAUAGAGCAAUGGAACAUUCUCUUAAAGGAGAAUUGUCGAAAAUCAAAAUGACUGUUAAAGAUGGCAGAAAUGAAAUUGCGGAAUUAAAAAGACAAAAUGAGGAGCUACGAACACAGAUAAGAAGAGGUCUGGAAGAUGCCCAGGUCAUAGAGAAACAGUUGAGAAGUGAUCUGGACUGUUCCAGAGCUAGAGAGGAUCAGUUAAGAAGAGAUCUGGAUGAUUCCAGGGGCAGAGAGGAUCAGUUAAGACGAGAUCUGGAGGAUGUCCAGGUCAAUGAGAAACAGUUAAGAAGAGAUCUGGAUGAUUCCAGGAGCAGAGAGGAUCAGUUAAGAAGAGAUCUGGAGGAUUCCAGGAGCAGAGAGGAUCAGUUAAGAAGAGAUCUGGAGGAUUCCAGGAGCAGAGAGGAUCAGUUAAGAAGAGAUCUGGAGGAUUCCAGGAGCAGAGAGGAUCAGUUAAGAAGAGAUCUGGAGGAUUCCAGGAGCAGAGAGGAUCAGUUAAGAAGAGAUCUGGAGGAUGCCCAGGUCAGAGAGAAACAGUUAAGAAGAGGUCUGGCUGAUUCCAGAGGCAGAGAGGAUCAGUUAAGGGUGGACAAUCUGAAACUUCAAAGUGAAAUAAAACAUAUAAAAGACACAGAAAAGGUCCUGGGAAAGACAAAUACAGAAUUACAAGUCAAAGAAAGAGAGUUGUGUAAUAGGCAGCGAGAUCUGGAUGACAGAGAGAGAAAUGUUGAGUCUGAAAAGAGAGAACUAGAGACCAGAGAGCGUGAAGUGGCAUCGAGAGAGAGAGAAGUGGAGUCCAAAAUGACCAGAGAAAGAGAUUUUGCUCAAAGAAACACCUGGUCCGGUGGAAAAGGGUUGACUCCUCCUGAUGCCAGUGCCAGACCUCUAGAUAAAGAGACUGGAGCAGAGAGCAGUGAUGGAGAUUCACAAGUCACAAGAUCAGAUGUGACUGAUGAAAUAAAACCUGUGAGACGAAACAGUCUGCCAGAGCCACCCUAUAUGUCUGAAUGUGGUCCUCUACAUAUUCUGUGAAUGAGCCGUGAUCCAUGAGAGAAAGAUGAAGAUAACGAUUUAAAGUGUCUACUUCUUGAUAACGGUGAGCAAUUGUGUAUUUGCCCAACCAUUUCUAGAACCAGACAUGGCAAAAUAGUAUAAUGGCAAAACAUCUGUACUGUAUCUGUAUAUUGAUCUGCAUAGAGUUGUUUGCUGUGUCAACCACAAUAAAACUUAUAUGUAUAAUGAGAGACUUAUCAUGUUUGCUUUGUGUUUACCUGUUCGUAUUUUGGGGAAAAUAAAUCUCACAGAGAUAUGUCAAACCACGAUGAACUAUGAAACAUGUAAAAGUGAAGCAGACUCCACAGGCUUCACUGAAGAGUUUAGGUUUAUAUUACUGGUAGGUGAUGAAGAUCCAAAGGAUGAGGCAUGCGAGAUCAUCCUGCGGGGAAGAGGGAACAGAAGUGAUUCUGGAAUAUUUGAGCACAGAAAGGGUUGUUUCAAUGGGAAAAAAAUCUCUAUAGUGAAGAUCCCAUGUAGCUGGAAGAGUCAUUUAGCAUCAAGGUUGUGCUCCUCAAGAGAUGAAACAAUCAAAGAACAGAUGUUAGAUUGUGCAUCGCUGGUCUUUCCUGGGCCACAUGCCUUCCUAUUAGUGAUCAACAGCAAGAGUGGGGAUGAUUCUUCAUAUCUUUUAAAAGCUCUAAAAGUGUUUGGCAAAGAGGCUUUUGACUAUGCUAUGGUUCUGUUUGUUGGCCAAGAUACCCAAAAUAAAACAAACCGUCUGAAGAAAUAUGUGAGCUAUGUUUAUACAUUGGAGAACAAUGAUCAAAGUGUUCAAGGACUCCUUGCAGAAACGUCAAGAAUGACACACCAUUACACAUCUAAAUUCUUUAUUCAGUCAUCCUAUGAAAAACUCAUGAAAAAAGUGUUUUCAUCAUGGGAAAGGGAACAAUUUUCUGAACGCAAAGAGACAGAGCGAAAACUCAAAAUGGAAAUUGCAGACAUACAACAGCAGCAUGAAAACGAAUUAUUUGCUUUGACAGAAAAGUCUAGUCUUGCAGAGAGUAAACUAAAAAAAAUAUAGACACCUUGAAAUGUUUGAUGCUGGAUACUCUGAUGGAUUUGAAAACUAAAGACAUGCAGCAAGAGGGGGAACCAGAGGCUUCGGGUGCUCAUGAGGGUCUGCAGAUUAAAGAAUUAGAGGCUUGUAAAGAGAGCGAUACUAUCCUGAUAAACGUGUUUUCAUCCAUUGUUAAAGAGCUGAACGAAAAGUUGGAGUCUUCUAAAGAAACCGGAACAUUCCUGAGAGGAAUGUACUCAUCCAUGACAGAUGACAGUAUUCGCCGUGAGAUUCAUAUUGAGGACCUCCAAAGACAGGUGGAGCAGCUCAAGGCAAAGAAUAGCGAGCUUGAGCAGAAACUGAGUAAGUCAGAAGACAAAGAAACUUCCACUAUUCAACCGAUGGAGAGAACUAAUAAAGACACAAUUGGGAAUCUAAAGAAAGGAGUUCUGGAAAGAGAAGACAUGAAGAUGGAGGAGUCCAUAGAAGAAAUAGAAAGAGUGAAGAGACAACAUUACACCAGUAGAUCAGAACAUGGCUUCGUGAACCCUGGCUUGCCUGAAGAAAAUGAAAAAGAGCUGGAGAGCAAAGAGAAUGAUUCACGAGUCAGGGACACAAACGUCUGUGAAAGAGUCAAACCUGUGAGAAGGAACAGCUUUCUUUUAGAGCCACCUCAAAUGUCUGGUGUCUCUGAAGACGAAGCUUUGGCUGAAGACACACUUUGAAUGGACAAAUGCAUCCAGCCACAGUCCCUUUUGAUGACAUGUAUCUCUGUUUCAUCUUUUUAGAUUUUCUAUUUUUUAUUAUUUAAAAGAAAAUAUGUGGCAUGUUCUGUGAAAACCCAGCUAAAGUAAUUUUAUUCUAUAUAAAAUAUGUACAUACUGCAAAGAACAUUCUGUUAAAAUAUAUCCUUGAUAUCCUUAAUAUUGACUGAGUAUGACCAUGUCAAAUAUAGCUAAAUUAAUUAUUGAUAUAAAACUUUAAUGCUCAUUAUUUCAUAGGUUUUGAGACUUUAUACACAUACAAUAGAAAGCUGCAGUCAACAAACACAACCAUAGUAUUGAUAACAAUGAUAACACUCUUCUUUUCUUAUUAUUAUAUUAGCUUUUGAUAAACAGUAUAUUCACAAUUAAAUACAUUCAUAUUGUUGAAGAGUGUCAAUGUAAUUUAACAGUCAAGACAGGAGAAACUCCCUCCAGUCCAGACUCUUAAUUAUCAUUAUCAUUGACGUCACGAUAUACAGCCGUGAAAAACAUUAAGAGACCAUUUCAGAGACAGAUUUUCUGAUGUUAAAAUACUAUUCAUAGUUACAUGUUUAGGUUUUCAUUCUGGUUGUGUUUUAUCUGGCAUGCCGAAAUGUGGAGUCGCACAUCUGCCCUGUCACAUUCAUUCUGUCAAAGUGUCUGUGACGUCAUCGUCCAAAUGUCUCUGAUAUAUUUGACUUUAUUCUGGAAACCACUAGAUGGCGCAUUAUUACCAAAUUUACAUCACAUUUGCCACUCUCUCUCUCUUUUAAGAGAUCUUUUUAAAUUCAAGCAUUCACAAUUUCUACGCAAUAAAAUAAUCUAGUCAGGACAUAAAACAGGAACAGCAUGGGACUUAAAAAACAAGAAUUGUAUUUUGUAUUGUAUAUGUAUUUGAGAAUGUGCAGCCAUAUUCUGUUCUCAUGUCAUUUUGUCAAGCAGAAUUUUUAGAUGAUUAAUAGUUGACAAAUAGUUAAAAAAGGUAUUAAAACCUUAAAAAUAUUUUCAUCAUUUUUUGUCUACGAAAACCUUUAACCCAAAUGUACUUAAACUUUUGUACUGGUAGUGUAUGUUGGUUGAACAGAGAACAGAAUUUGUAUAAACUAUGAUACAGAUUAUUGCUUUAACUGGAUGCAAAAGGUUUUUUUUCCAGUUUCUGCAGUACACAUACACAUACUUGGU